UAUAACGACUUGUAACAAAUCAGUGAUACAAGAAUCAGCCCACGUCUAACUUCCUCAUUACUUUUCUUCAACUAGUAUAUAUGUAUAUGCUUGUUCUACUUCUACCAGCCAUUGGAUAGUAGAGAAGGGAAAGUAAAACAGAAAAAGUGGGUCAAUUUUUUUCAUCAAGAAAAUCAAAAAUGGGUCGAUUGAGGGGCUUGUGUGUGUUGACUAUGGCCAUCAUAGUAAUUCUCAGUGGAGCUCAAGGGCAACUAGUAGAGAACUUCUACGGUAUUACUUGUCCAAAUGUGGAAUUCAUAGUUCAGCAGGCCGUGUCUACAAAGUUCAGCCAGACUUUUGUAACUAUUCCAGCAACUCUGCGUCUCUUUUUCCAUGAUUGCUUUGUUGAGGGAUGUGAUGCCUCUGUUAUGAUAGCUUCACCAAAUGGAGAUGCGGAAAAAGAUUCCUCAGAUAAUAUUUCACUUGCAGGAGAUGGUUUUGACACUGUGGUAAAGGCAAAAGAAGCAGUAGAGGCUAUGUGCCCUGGAGUAGUAUCAUGUGCAGAUAUCGUAGCGAUCGCCGCCAGAGACGUUGUAGUGCUGGCUGGAGGCCCUUCAUACAAUGUAGAAUUGGGACGUCGUGAUGGACUAAUCUCCAAGGCAUCUCGGGUUGCUGGAAAUUUGCCAGAACCACACUUCAAUCUCAAGCGGUUGAAUACUAUGUUUGCCAAACACAAUCUCAGCCAGUUUGAUAUGAUAGCACUUUCAGGGGCACACACACUUGGCUUCUCUCAUUGUGACCGUUUUGCAAACCGUCUCUACUCAUUUACCCCAUCCAACACCGUUGACCCUUCUUUGGAUCAAGAAUAUGCUAAACAACUUAUGCAAAUGUGCCCUCAAAAUGUAGAUCCUUCCAUUGCUAUAAACAUGGACCCUGUGACUCCCCGAACCUUUGACAAUGAGUAUUACAAGAAUCUGGUUGGAGGAAAAGGUUUGUUCACCUCAGAUCAAGUGCUUUUCACUGAUAAAGCGUCUCAAGGCACUGUUAGUGACUUUGCUAAUAAUGCUUUUGACUUUAAUGGAGCUUUUGUCACUGCAAUGAGAAAACUCGGAAGGGUUGGUGUCAAAACUGGUAACCAAGGUGAAAUAAGACUGGACUGCACAAGGUUCAACUCAUGAGGUCCAAGUUCUGCCUUCAACAAAAGGAAAAAAAAUGCUACUGUGUAAAUCCAUGUUAGAAGUCUGAAGAGUGCAAAUAAUUUGUUUUUUGCAGUAUUUGAUGUAAUUGGCUAAAUAAAUCACAUGUAUAAGGUCUAGAGAUUGGAUUUCUUUUGAAUUUUUGCGAUCA